AUGGCUAGACAGCAGUCUCUAGAUUCCCAACGGCCAAUCAUGGCUCCCUCAGUAUGGUUUCCUCAAAUCUCCUUCCGAUAUUAUAACUCCUCCCUCCGCUCUUCCAAGGGCUCUUCUCUUCCCCCGUCCUCUACUCCUGCUGCUACUUCUGCCACCACUACCACCACUACCGCUCCUCCUCCGCGGCCCUCCCAGCCACGAAACAAACAUACUAAACCCCCCAACCUCCCACCGGGGAAAAAACAGGUCUCCUCCCACCACAGCUCCCAGCGCUUCUCCGCAAUCAGCGGGACCGGCUCCCUCGCGCCCUCCGACCACACUAUCUCCAGCACAAUGACCGGCGACAGCCGUCUGGCCGAAAUCAAAGAACUGGGCGCCGGCCUCGAGCGCCUCGAGAACAAACCCCUCACCCAGCAGCGAUUCGUGCCCACCCCAGAGAAAACGGAUGACCUCAACAAGCUCGCACUUGGUGCGAAGGUCGAGCGGGCGUUGGGCAGGAGGAUGUCUGGCCAGGACGCUGUGAUGCGCAAGCGGACGCCGACGGAGGAGAAGCAGGCGAUUAAGAUGGAGGCGGCUUCUUAG